GCGCCUUUAAUAAUACAUCCAACUUCCGGUGCUUGAUCCAUCGCCACCACUUGACAUGUUCUGUUCGAAUCUCGUACUGGAAUUAUGCAGCUACUCAUGCAAUAUUAAUUAAAAGAGAUCCGUGCAUCAUCUGAAUCAACGAAGAAAUGUACAAGCAUCCAAGCUUCUAUCAGAGGCUUCUACUACAGUCAAGAAACUCGCAGACACAGAAAUACCUUCCAGCUACAAACUUGAACACUCCUUGUCAGCGAUUCCAUUUGAAUACAACUCUUGAAUCAUCACAACAAAGCAAUGCCAGUCAAAAUAAAACAAGAGAACCGAAGAAACCUUAUCGGAAAAGAACUGAUGCAAAAGUGCACUCCAUUAUUAAUUCUGACGAUCCGGUGCUGAAUCAACAGAAUUUAUACCCCGAAAAUCAAAGUGCACAAUCCAUGAGCAAAGAUUCGCGUCGGGAAAAGUUGGCUAAUCCACAUCUUGCAAUUUUCAGAUCAGAUGGCCUAGAUCCGUUACAUUAUUCACUUGUUUACAACAAUGUUAAAGAAACAGAGUUAUUUGGAACAAAAAGGCAUCUCAUUGCUAAUGUAGGUAUAAGACUGGGCCUGGGUUGGAUGGUCGCGAAUCUUGCCUUUGUGAGUGUGGUCGACUUUCACGUUAUUCCACAACAUUUACAGAUUUUCAUUGGACUAGCUGCUGUAGGAUAUAUAUAUACUUGUUACCGAUUUAUAUACUAUAGGAAAGCGUACAGGGAAACAGUUUUUCGGCUUUACAAGGAAAAUUACGGAUUCAACAAAAAGUAUGUUAUGAUUAGGCCGUACAUGUUCACAUCUUCAAAACAAAAAGUGUUUACUGAAUUGGAAAUGAAGUUGGAUCAAGAAAAACAUCCAGAGCGUUUCCAGUUAAACUGGAGAAAAUAUCGUCUAGUUCCUGAGAACUUUUUACCCAGCCAUAAGUCAUUCCUGUGGGAAGUUUUGGGACAUAAGUAUAAACCAAACUAAAAUUAAAAAGUCGUCUAGAUGAAUUUUAAUGUGA